AUGUGUGAAGCGACGCGUACGAAAUAUAUAUUAGGUGAUUAUUAUCGACAUCAGUGCAAAAUAAUGUCAAUCACCAAUAGUAAUAUGAAAAUUGAAACCUUGGCUUGGGUAACUGAUGAUGAAGCUGAAUUUUGGACGAGUACAUCACCUAGAGAAAAAACUCAUCAAUCUCAUAAUUCCUUAACAUCAAAAGAUUUAUCUUCAAAUAUUUUUUCAUCUAAUGGUCUUUACUUUAAAACAAAUAAUCAAUUAGAUACUGAAAUGGAAGAUCAUUUGUCAUUAUUAUCUAAACAAGCAAUUGAAAAACAAAAGAAAGAAGAAAAAAAUAAAGUCGAAGAAAAACACAUAUUUGACAUAUUUCAACUAAAUAAUAACAUUCAUCUCAAGAAAAAUAAUUCCGAAGAAAAGAUGGGUUUUUUUAGUCGAUUAUAUCAUCAAUUAACAAGAUCAUCACCUUCAGAAACCGAUUAUUUAGAUGAUGAUGUUUUCAUAGAUAUCGAUGAAAAUGAAAUAACUGCCGUCGUCAAUAAUAAUACAGAUAUGAAUACAUCAUUCAAUGUUGAAAGUAAAUUUAUAGAUAAUAUUCCAUUUGUGAAUAAUUUUAAAUCAUUUAUUGAUGAAUUAACUGAAGAAAAAGAUGUUAUUAUGGGAAAUAUUGAUGAAGAAAUAUUAUUUAAUCGAAGAAGUCAAAAAGCAAAAUCUUCACUUGUACCAAUCAAAACCAAUGAAACAUUUUAUAUACAAACAUCUUUUUGA